GCAGGGGCGGGCGCGGGACGCGCUGCCAGACCUCGCCGGCCGCCAGCGGGGAGCGCGCGGCGCGGCCGCGGCUGCGACCCCGGGACCCGCGCCUGGGCGGCGGCCCCUCGGGCAUGAGCCCCGCGCCGAGCCCCUGUCCCGCGGCGGCGCGCGGCGGGCGGGCGGGCGCCCCCUGAGGCCGGCCGGCAUCCCCCCGCGCCCCGCGCUCCCCCUGUCCACGCGCGCCCGCGCGCCCCCGGGAGGGACCAUGAAAGCCAGGUCGGCCGCCGGUGACAGAGAUGCGCUGUGUGUUACAGAAGAGGAACUGCCUGGUGACGAAGAGGACAUGCCGACCUUCCCGUGCACACAGGCAGGCCGGCCAGGCCUGCACUGCAGCCGCUGCCAGAAGAACCUGUCUUUGCACACAUCCGUGCGGAUUCUCUACCUCUUCCUGGCCCUGCUCCUGGUGGCCGUGGCUGUGCUGGCCUCUCUGGUUUUCAGGAGAGUGGACUCUCUCUCGGAAGAUAUGUCCCUGGCGCAGGCCAUUUAUGACAAGAAGCUUAUGUCUAUGCAGGAAAACCUCCAAGGACUGGAUGUGAAAGCCCCGAACAACUGCUCUUUCUGCCACGAGGCUGGGCAGCUGGAGCAAGAGAUCAGAAAGCUGCAGGAGGAGCUGGAGGGCAUUCAGAAGAUGCUUCUGGCACAGGAGGUCCAGCUGGACCAGACCUCCCAGACCCAUGAGCUGCUCUCCACCACCAGCAGUCAAAUCUCCCAGGAGAUGGGCAAUUGUUCCUUCUCCAUCCAUCAGGUCAACCAGUCUCUGGGGCUGUUUCUGGCCCAGGUGAGAGGCUGGCAGGCCACCACAUCCAGCCUGGACCUCUCUCUGAAGGACCUCACCCAGGAGUGCUAUGACACCAAGACCGCAGUGCACCAGAUCAACUUCACCGUAGGGCAGACUUCGGAGUGGAUCCAUGGGAUCCGGCGGAAGACAGAUGAGGAGACCCUGACCCUCCAGAAGAUGGUCACUGACUGGCAGAACUACACCCGGCUCUUCAGCAGCCUGCGCACCAUCUCAGCUAAGACCGGAGAAGCAGUCAAGAACAUCCAGGCCACCCUGGGGGCCUCCUCGCAGCGCAUCAGCCAGAAUUCGGAGAGCAUGCAUGACCUGGUGCUGCAGGCCAUGGGCUUGCAGCUGCAGCUGGAUAACAUCUCCUCCUUCCUAGAUGACCACGAGGAGAACAUGCACGACCUGCAGUACCACACCCACUACGCCCAGAACCGCACGGUGGAGAGGUUCGAGACCCUGGAAGGGCGCAUGGCUUCUCAUGAGAUUGAGAUCAGCACCAUCUUCACCAACAUCAAUGCCACUGACAACCACGUGCAUAGCAUGCUCAAGUACCUGGACGACGUACGGCUCUCAUGCACACUGGGCUUUCACACCCAGGCCGAGGAGCUCUACGACCUGAACAAGUCUGUUUCCCUCAUGCUGGGCGCCACAGAGCUGCUCCGAGAGCGCUUCAGCCUGCUCAGUGCCCGGCUGGACUUCAAUGUCCGCAACCUCUCCGUGAUCAUGGAGGAGAUGAAGGCUGUGGACACGCGGCAUGGAGAAAUCCUUCGAAAUGUCACCAUCCUACGAGGUAAGAGUCAGAGCUGGGCUGGAGUGCUGUGA